CUCGCAGUCUCGCGCUCCGCCGGCUGCUGUUGUCUGCGGCGCGCGCCGCCUCGCUCCGCCGCCGCCUCGCCGCGGCGCCGGGCAACCGCCUAAAAUGACUCUGUGAAUUCAGUGGAAUAAAUGGCGUCCAAAGUAACUGAUGCUAUAGUCUGGUACCAGAAAAAGAUUGGUGCGUAUGAUCAACAAAUAUGGGAAAAAUCUGUAGAGCAAAGAGAAAUAAAGGGUCUGAGAAACAAACCAAAGAAAACAGGACAUGUGAAACCAGACCUCAUAGAUGUUGAUCUUGUAAGAGGGUCUGCUUUUGCUAAAGCAAAACCUGAAAGUCCUUGGACAUCUCUGACCCGCAAAGGAAUUGUUAGAGUUGUGUUUUUUCCGUUCUUCUAUGGGUGGUGGCUACAAGUGACGUCAAGGGUCAUCUUUUUCUGGCUACUUGUUCUGUACCUUCUUCAAGUUGCUGCUGUAGUGUUAUUCUGCACAGCCCCAAGCCCUCAUAAUAUACCUCUAACUGAAGUAAUUGGUCCAAUAUGGCUAAUGUUGCUGCUUGGAACGGUGCACUGUCAGAUUGUUUCAACACGAACUCCUAAGCCACCUCCCAGCACGGGGGGCAAGAGAAGAAGGAAAUUAAGGAGAGCAGCACAUUUGGAAGUACAUAGGGAAGGAGAUGGCUCUAGUACCACAGAUAACACACAGGAGGGAACAGUGCAGAGCUACGGUACAAGCACCUCUUACAGUAUUGGCGCAGUCUUCAGAGAUAUCUGGCAUGCUGCUUUCUUUUUAUCAGGAUCUAAGAAAGCAAAGAACUCAAUAGAUAAAUCAACAGAGACUGAUAAUGGCUAUGUCUCCCUUGAUGGGAAAAAGACAGGUAAAAGCAGUGAAGAAUGUAUACAGGCCCAUGGGCAUCACUGUGAAGUGAUUAAACCAGAAGAGUCAGGGUGGAGCACUGCAACAGUAAAAAAUACUUUGAACAAUAACAGUCAUCACAAAGAUACUCACAAGACGGUAACAAAUUUAUCAGAUGAAGUUUCUAGUGAGGAAGGGCCUGAAACUGGAUAUUCUUUACGGCGCCAUGUAGAACGCACUUCUAGUGAUUGCACAAUUCGAAAUAGGAAAUCUCACCAUUUUAAGAAACACUAUACUUUGGAGGAUACACCUAAAUCAGGUACUAGUUGCAGUUCUCGGUGUUCAAGUUCCAGACAAGAUUCUGAAAGUGCAAGGCCGGAGUCGGAAACUGAAGAUGUGCUGUGGGAGGACCUCUUACACUGUGCUGAGUGCCACUCUUCCUGUACCAGUGAGACGGAUGUAGAAAGCCCUCAAGUGAAUCCAUGUGUGAAGAAAGAAUAUAGAGAUGACCCAUUUCAUCAGAGUCACUUGCCUUGGAUCCAUAGUCUGAAUCCAGGACUAGAAAAAAUAAGCGCAAUUGUAUGGGAGGGUAAUGACUGCAAGAAAGCAGAUAUGUCUGUGCUUGAAAUCAGUGGCAUGAUAAUGAAUAGAGUGAACAACUACAUACCAGGAAUUGGUUACCAGAUCUUUGGAAAUGUCGUAUCUUUAAUCUUGGGUUUAAUGCCAUUUAUCUUUAGACUUUCCCAAGCUAAAGAUUUGGAACAACUAGCUGCACAUUCUGCCACUGAACUUGGCAUUAUUGCGUUUGGAUCAAAUGGAGACAUACUGGUUCUCUCAAUGGUGGUUAUAAGUUUUGUAGUCCGUGUGUCUCUAGUGUGGAUUUUCUUUUUCCUACUGUGUGUGGCAGAGAGAACAUACAAACAGAGACUUCUUUUUGCCAAACUUUUUGGUCAUCUGACAUCUGCUAGAAGGGCAAGAAAGUCAGAGGUUCCUCACUUCCGUUUGAAGAAAGUACAAAAUAUAAAAAUGUGGCUUUCUCUCAGGUCCUAUUUAAAGCGUCGAGGUCCUCAACGCUCAGUAGAUGUAAUAGUUUCGUCUGCCUUCCUGCUGACCAUCUCUGUUGUAUUUAUCUGUUGUGCACAGCUACUUCACAUGCAUGAGAUCUUCCUUGAUUGUCACUACAAUUGGGAGCUAGUGAUUUGGUGCAUUUCACUUACUCUUUUUCUCUUAAGAUUUGUUACUCUUGGAUCUGAAACCAGUAAAAAAUACAGCAAUACCUCAAUAUUACUUACUGAGCAGAUUAACUUGUACUUGAAAAUGGAGAAAAAGCCUAAUAAGAAGGAGGAACUGACACUAGUGAACAAUGUUUUAAAACUUGCUACUAAAUUAUUAAAGGAACUGGACAGUCCCUUUAGGUUAUAUGGGCUUACAAUGAACCCACUGCUUUAUAAUAUCACCCAAGUUGUCAUCCUGUCUGCUGUUUCUGGUGUCAUCAGUGACUUGCUUGGAUUUAAUCUAAAGCUCUGGAAGAUCAAAUCAUGACAAUAUGUAAGGAAGAUGAGAUAACACAGUGUUAUAGAAAAGCUCAUUGACUGACAAAACUGCCUCAAAGCAGCCACUGAAUAUGUAUUUUCAGAAGCUACAACCUCUUCAAGGAUAUUGUGUGGAAAAUUGAAGUGUUUACAUCUGACUUGUGCAAUCUUUGUAUUUAUUUCAUCUUUUUGCUGUUUUAUUUUCCUUUUUGUUGACAUUUAUAUUUUAUUUUCAAACAUACUUGUUUGUUUAGUUUUGGAAAAGGAUCAGAUUUGGAAAGGGUCAAAACCCUGGUAUCUGAGAAUUUGAGAUCCCCGUAAUUGAUUACACUAAACUGUGUAAACAUCUGUUAAAACUGAAGCCAGUGCUGAACAUUAAUAUCUUAAAAUUUUAGUUACAGUAAUGCUAUAUGGAAAUCAUUUUAUUUUGAUUAAGUAUAGUAAACUUGCCUAGAACAUUUCAUUUGCACCAAUCGUUUCUGAGGACUACAUAGCAUCAGUUGAUGUUUGGUUGCAAUAGAAAGUGAGACAUAUACAAAAAUAAAAUACUGAUAAUACAGUAUGACAGGUAGCAGAAAUAUUUUAUAUUGAUAUUAGAACUAAGUGGGGAAUUUUUAAUAUUUUGAGUAAUUCCAGGAUCUAAACUGGUGUAGGCUGCAGUUUAAAUAUCCUGGGAUAUUAUUAAGGUAUUAUAUAACAGAUCAACAAGUGCUCUUUGAUAACACUUUUAUUAGAGCAAUAAUUGUAAAUGGUUAUCAUGCUGUAUGAUAUUUUGAUAAAAUUAAAUAUUGUAUUUAUUUGAAAUACUGGGCUGUUCUGCACAGCUCUGACUGUGCAUGCUCAAUAUGUGCACUUUUUAUUGUUACUUUUAAUGAGAAACUUUAUAUAUAUAUAUAUAUAUAUACAUAUGUAUAUUAAAUGGAAUAUAUUAUGGUGAACUAUGGAGCAGUAUUUUCUAUAUCUUGAAGUUGAAUAUUUAAACAAGUGAAAACUUACUGGAGAGGAGAAUGCUAUGAAUGACUGAGCAUAAGACGGAUGGAUGCUCUCCUGUAGUACACUAUAGUAUAUGCCAUUUGUACCACAUUUAAGUUUAAGAACAGUUAAACACAAACAAGUUCUUUGAGUGGGCAGCAGCACUAAUGAAGCCUGGUAUUCUGCAGAUUUGUUUCCUCAAAUUAUCUCUUCCUCCCCCAACCAACCCUCUCCCAUAGGGGUCAUCUCCUAGUGCACUCUGUGAGCUCCAGCCUUGGGUUUCCCAUCUCUCUGUGUCCCACAUGGACCGGUCAUAUACCGACUCCUGCUUUUCCUGUGUGACAGAAGUGGAUGUUCAUCCCCUUGGAGUUAAGUUAGUUGGAGCAAAAUUUCCAUUUUAGGUUGUAUGAGGAGGAUUAAUAUCACCAGGCUCAAGUAUUCUUACAAUUUGUGUUUCUAAAAUAAUACAUUCAUGAACUCCAAAAAUCAGUGGCAUCAUACUGAAAAAUGCAAGAAAUGUUGUUAGGUUACACAAGUCUGGAUGUUACUUCAAACCUUUUUAAAAAAUUCUGAAGAUUAACAAACAGUGUAAUGUAUCUUAAACUUAGGUGGUAUAAAAAUAUUUUUAUAUAUAAAGUAACAGAAACAAGCAUUUUGUAUUUUAUUUGCCUCUGUACUAAUGUUUAAUAAUGACCAAAGUGCAUUCUAGUUUUUGAAAGAAUGUAUUCCUGGAGCUUUAAGAACAUAGUAUAUUUAGUUGCUCAUGUGAAGACCUCAGCUGCAUCUGAUAUUUCUUCUUUCUCUAUGUUGUCUGAUGUUGGGAUUGUUUUUAGCAAUUAAGUAUGUUUUAUACAGUUUUUUCCAAAAUAUGGUACAGACCUACACAGAACUUAAUUUUGCACAAAAUAUAUUUUGAAAAAAAAAUUACAGCAGGAAUUUUAUGGGGGAUAAAAGAUAACGCUAUUGCUUUUUACAGCCUGUCACUAUUGCAAAACCACUCUUUACUGUAGAAUGGAAAUAUUUUUUAAAAUUGUAAAUGUUGAGUAUAUGGUUCUCAGCAACAUUAAAAAAAAGGGAGAGAGGAAGAUGUUUCAGUAGAAGGUGAAAUUUAACCACAUAUACCUCAGCAGCUAGCACUGUGCUGGAUUGUUGCACUAACCAUGGCGGCAUGGGGAGAAGAAAACAAAUCUGUGAAAUAAGGGGGGAAGAAAAGUAAAACUUUUAACUGCUACCAGUAGGUAUAUUCAUCAUCCUAAAAAUGGGAAACGUUUGUUCUCCAUCCCUCAGUAUGGAAAAUCCAGUAUGAAAAUAGAGGCAAGUAGAAAUAUGGCAGAUCAUGUGUGUUAACUGUUAUUUUUGCCACAUAUUUUGUAACUGAAAGUGUGAUCAGGCUUGGAAUAAAGCUUUCUAUGGCUGAAGGUAAAAA